CGAAAAAUAUUCGUUGGUGGUUCACUUUCGUGGGAAACGGUACUACUCGCCGUAAAGUGCGGUUAGUUCAUACGCGCGGCUUUUCGAAGGAGAACUUGAAAAUAUGCAAAAAACUAUUUAUUAGACCGGUAGUGAUUUUUAACUAAACAAUGGCAACAACUAGAGAAGUUGGUGUGGGAGAUUUUGUCCUCAUGGACAAAAUCGACUUGGACAAUUUUAUGGAAAACUUACAGCUGAGAUUCAAGAAUGGAUUAAUCUACACUUACAUCGGGGAAGUAUGCGUUUCGGUAAACCCUUACAAAACUAUGAACAUAUAUGACCAAUCAUAUGUAGAAAAAUACAAAGGUAGAGAAUUAUUUGAAAAUCCUCCCCAUAUAUUCGCCAUAGCUGAUGCUUCGCACAAAGUCAUGAAACAACAGAGAAAAGACACAUGUAUCGUAAUCAGUGGAGAGUCCGGUUCUGGCAAAACUGAAGCUUCGAAGAUUAUAAUGAAGUAUAUUGCAGCUGUUACUAAUCAAGGAGUUUUACCACGUCUGGACGGCACCGACAGAGCAAAGGGUAAACAUGAAAUAGAGAGGGUGAAGAACGUAUUGAUACAAUCCAAUUCCAUCCUGGAAGCCUUCGGAAAUGCCAAAACCAACAGAAAUGACAAUUCGUCUCGAUUUGGAAAAUACAUGGACAUUCAUUUCGAUUUCAAAGGCGAUCCCAUCGGCGGCCAUAUUAGCAAUUAUCUUCUGGAGAAGUCCAGAGUUACGACACAGCAAGCAGGAGAACGAAACUUUCACUGUUUCUAUCAGCUACUUACAGGAGCCAACGAGGACUUACUAAAAAGACUGAGCAUAACCCGCAAUCCAGAUCAGUAUUUCUUUGUGAGACAGGGCAACGCAGCCAAAGUGGGAACCAUCAACGAUAAGUUCGAGUUCAGGGACGUCACAACAUCGCUUAAUACUUUACAGUUCUCCCAAGCUGACCAGGAGACGCUAUGGCGUGUAAUAGCUGCCAUUCUCCACCUGGGUAACGUGGAAUUCGAUAUCAACGAAGAAAAAUUGGAAAUUAAAAAGUCGAAAAGCGUCGAUCACGUUGCCGACCUGCUCCAGGUCCCAAAAAGAGACUUAGAGACCGCUUUAAGCGAAAGAGUUAUCGCCGCGCGUGGUGAUAUUAUGAGAAAGGAACAUACCGAAACAGAGGCUUCGUUUGGCCGAGACGCCUUUGCCAAAGCCAUCUACGAGCGUCUAUUCAACUGGAUAGUCAAGAAGAUUAACGCUGCCAUCGCUGUAGAUUCCUCGAACUUCCAGAAGAACUACCAGAGUUCGCUGAUCGGCGUUCUGGACAUUUACGGCUUCGAAAUAUUCGAUAACAACAGUUUCGAACAGUUCUGUAUAAACUACUGUAACGAGAAACUGCAGCAGCUCUUUAUCGAACUAGUACUCAAGCAGGAACAAGAGGAAUAUAACAGGGAGGGCAUCGAAUGGACGAAUAUCGAGUAUUUUAAUAAUCAGAUUAUUUGUGAUCUAGUCGAGGCUCCUCACAAAGGCGUAAUGGCAAUUAUGGACGAUGCCUGCAAAAUGACCGCUGAAAAAGUAACCGAUGAAAUGCUUCUGGAAAACAUGGAUAGGCAACUCCAAGGCCACAAACACUUCAUGUCUCGACAAACCAAGCAAAGCGAGAAAAGUCUGAGACACAAAAUCGACUUCAGAAUAACUCACUACGCCGGAGACGUCACAUACUGUAUUAUUGGAUUCUUGGACAAAAAUAAAGAUACUUUAUUCCAAGAUUUUAAGCGAUUGUUGUACAGUUCUAAAGAUCCAAACCUGAAGGAUAUGUGGCCCGAAGGUGCACAACAUAUAACACAGAUCACCAAAAGGCCUCCAACUGCAGGUACACUAUUCAAAACUUCCAUGCAAGAACUUGUUAAAACUUUAAUAAGUAAGGAACCCCACUAUAUCCGCUGUAUUAAACCUAAUGAAGUGAAGUCGCCUACAAAUUUUGAUUAUGAGAGAGUAAAACAUCAGGUCAGUUAUCUGGGACUUAUUGAAAAUGUUAGAGUGAGAAGAGCAGGAUUUGCUUACAGGCAGAGAUAUGACAAAUUCCUCAAGAGAUAUAAAAUGAUUUCCCAAUUUACUUGGCCCAAUUUCCGUAAUGGAUCGGAUCACGAUGCCGUUCGAGUUCUUAUGGACGAAAAAGGAUACGCCGAUGAUGUGAAAUACGGGAAAACAAAGAUUUUUAUCCGAUCCCCUAAAACAUUAUUUGCUUUGGAAAAUGCCAGAAAUCAACUUCUUCCUGGAAUUGUUACACUUAUUCAGAAAACUUGGAAAGGGUACCAAGCAAGGCAACAAUACAAGCGUAUGAAGGCGCUCAUGGUAAUGAUUAAUGCCUAUCGUUUGAAAAAGAUGAGAACGUACAUUAACGCCUUGCAACAGAAAUUCAGUAGAGCAAAGUCAAUGAGAGAUUAUGGAAAAAGUAUUAUGUGGCCAGCGCCACCUAAGGGAGUGCAGCCUACUGCCCAUCUACUUCGAUCGGCUUACAACAGAUGGCGGGCUUAUAUGAUCCUAAGCCGAAUACCUAAAGGCGAUUGGCCGCAGAUGAAAGUUAAAGUCAGCGCUGCAAGCGCACUGGUUAACAAACGUUCAACUUACGGACUCAAUCGCAAAUGGGAGGGUAAUUAUUUGUGCAGAUUGGACGAAAAUAGCAAUUAUACCACUUUCAACGAGGCGGUAAAUAAUCUGAAAAACACCAAGCGUUUUAGUCAGGUCUUGUUUUCUUCUUAUGUAACGAAAUUCAACAAGUUCAAUAAAGUGGCCGAGAGAGUUAUGUUGGUGACUGACGAGUACAUUUUCAAACUUGACUGCGAAAAAUUCAGGAAUAUGAAGGAAGGGGUACUUUUGAGAGAUUUAACAGGUAUAAGUGUGAGUCCUGGCCAAGACCAAUUGAUAGUACUGCAUUGUCCCGGAGGCAACGAUCUUGUGGUAUCUUUACAUUGUCUUAAACAAGAGGACAGAAUCGGAGAGUGCGUCGGGACCAUAUGCAAUAAAUUUUUCCAAUUACGAAAAACUGAUUUACCGGUGAAAGUAUCCAAAACUUUACAAUGCUCUUUAGGAGGCAAACAACGAUUAAUCAACAUCAGCGUUUCUGCUGAGUUGCAAACACCCACGUUCAGGAAAGACGGGAACAAUAUUUUAUACUUGGUACCAUCUAAUUUUGCCAUUUUGGAAAAUGGAAAUAAUCACAUUAAAAAUUAGGACUCCGCCUUUUUAUAAUCCUUUAUGGGCCAUAUUUAACUUUGAUUACUUUAAAACAGGAAAUAUUUUUACUAAACGUCCUCCAAAGAUAUACAUUUACGUAUUUUUUAAAUAUAAAGUUUCUACAACAGGUGUGCCUUGAUUAACAAAGAAGUAUAUAUUUUUUAAAUAUAAAAGUAUGGAGAUUUUUUAUAUGGGAUAUAUUUAGUCUGGAAUCUUGAAGCUCUAUCCAAAUUUAUUUACAUUUUUGAAGUAUAAACUCAAUAAUUAUUUAUAAUUUGAAAUAAAAUAUAUCUUAAAAAAUGUCUAUACCUAUGUGGCGGA